UCAGCUUUUAAUUAUAGUCUUUAACUGGCAUCCCGUUUUGUAUCUGCUCGCCUUCGUUACCGGAUCAAUCUUCUCACGUUGAAACUCACCAGGAGCCGGAUGACGUCAAAGUUCCACGAGCUCUAAACCUCCCACCAAGAGUCUGACUUCCUAGUUGGAUGUCCUCGGCGCAGAUGCGGUUUUCGGGUAGGGGCAUCACGGCGUUAGCCGAGGACGUCGAUCAGCAGUACGCGAGAUGUCAUCGAUAGAAUAGGACCGUCAUCGGAUCCUAAUGGAUUUCACUCCGCAUACAUAUCGGAGCUUCGGUACCGGCAACCGUUCUCAGAAAAUCUUUCCUAAAGACCAUUAGAUACUUUGUGUCAAAAUUUACAGUAUUGUUAGAAAUAUCGUAAAUAUUGACCAAAGAAAAAGUCGGAAGUGACACACUUUACAUACACAUGUGCUUGUGUAUUACAUAAAAGGUGAAUUUCGUGCCUAGACGCUAAAUUUUCGGAAAGAAUAACACAAUAGGCCCAGAACGUGUUACGCCUGAUAAUGCGAGGGUAAAUACGAAAUUAUCGAAAUUAUCGAGUUAAUCGCACAUCGACGCUAAUCAUCCUCGAUCCAAUUUUCUUCCCUCGUUUGGACAGGGUGAAUCCAACUUUGCAGUCUUCACACUCGUGAUACUCUACAUUCAGCAGAAUGACAUUAGCGAACGUCUUAAGAUGAAUCCGUCGAUGUUAUUGCAACUCGUCCAGAGUCUUUCGAUAUGGUGCGAGCGCAGUCUGCGUUUUUAUUGACGAGACGAGAAACGCUAGUGAACGCCAUCAACCGCUCAGACAAAUCGAUAAACCGGCGCGAGCUAUUGCGGCAGUGUCGAGAAUUUCCAAAGUUUCAUCCACGAUAGGGAGAAGGUCGACUUAUCAGCGAUUUUUGUAAGGCGAUCGGCGAUCAGGAUGAUGACUUGCUGGGUUCUCGUCGGCGUCUUCGCAGCCAUAGUACUCAUUUAUGGCCUUUUCGAACUGCAUUAUUUCCUGCGAAUAUUCCUCACUAUCUUCCUUGCACGCUAUUGCAAGAAAAAAGUACACAUUCUCGACGAAACCGUAGUUUAUGGAAUUUGUACCACCACCGACGUGGACGCUUUUCUAUAUCAUAUGAACAAUGCAAGAUAUCUUCGCGAACUCGAUUUUGCGAAAGCCGAUUUCUAUGAGAGAACAGAUUUAUAUCGAGAGGUUUGUUCUCAAGGAUCGGGCGUCGUGCAAGGAGCUACAACUAUACGCUACAGACGCUUUAUCAAGCCGUUAAUGAUUUUUAAAAUAACGUCCAAGAUUAUUUAUUGGGACGAGAAAAGUUUCUUCAUGGAGCAUCGAUUUAUCACGCCGAGUGAUGGUUUCAUAAGAGCCAUUGCGAUUUGUAGACAGAGACUCCUUGACUGUAGCGCUGAUACUGUUAUCGGCGCUUUAUUGAACCGUCGGGUGAAACAGAAAGAAAAUAUUGAAGCAGAUGUAACGCAGGUACCUCCUGCGAAGCCAGAAAUGCCACCCGAAGUGAGUAGAUGGAUAGAGAGCAACGAGAUAUCCUCGGCAAUGUUGAGACAGGAAUCGAUCAUUACAACGCAUUGCUGACAAAACGAUGCCGCGACGUCUAGCAAUGACGUCGUUGCGACACCAAUAUACACAACUACAACCGUGUAAUAAAUAUCAGAAAAUGCGAUAUUGUUGAUCUCCAAUCUUUAAUCAUCGGACGACAUCCUGGCGGGAUUCCGGAAUGAUAUUUAGUGAUUCUAAUAACUUAAAUGUUUAAUUAUUUAACGAUAUAAUGACAAAAAACUUAGCGCAUAAAAGUUUUCGGGCGAAGUAAACGAUAAAAAUAAUCUACGAUGAGAUUUAUGUAUGAAACUACGAUUUAAAAUGUCCACGCAUUAAUGCAGAAUAAAAAUAGUUAAUUUAAUCGCGGAAUGUGAUUUUUCUCUUGCUUUGAUAAUCUACUGAAACGUGGAUUAGAUAAAUUAAAAAAAAAUAAUUUAGCAAAAUUCACAACAAGAAAUUCGUAAGAAAUUUCUAAAACAAAAACGCGAAAUUUAAAAUUGUUUCUGUUAUUUUUAUAUAUUAUAUUUAUAUAAUAUUUUAUUUACACAUAUAAAUAUAAAAAAGAUGAUGUAAUACUUAAAUUAAAAUGUUAAAGUGUCAAAAUCUGACCUUGCAGAUUAUGAAAAUUAUUGCGCCAGAGAGUUCGAUUAGAUUUUCAACAGCUGGCGUCACAUACAUGUAACAAAGUACAAUAUUAAUAUAAUAUUUAAUAUAUUAUAUAUACGAUCUUUCAAGUGACAACUCCAGCUAUUAUUUACACAUAGCAUUAAAGCAUUUAUAUUGCGUUUAAGUAUUGUAUUUAUUAAUUAAAAAUAAGCGUUAAUCAAGUGCAUUUGCAUCAUGUUAUUUAUUAUUAUGUUAUUUAAGAUUUAGAGCCGAUGUAAGUAUUUUUGUUGCUACCAAAAACAUUUGUAAAGUUUAUGGAGAUAUUACAGAGACUACUAAAUAUAAUUAGAACAUUAUUGAUUAAAUUGAUAAUUAAAUCAUUAUCCACUUCUAUUGGGCGUUUAGAACGUCGUUUAUCUUCUAACAAUAAAUUAAAAUCAUCAUAUUUAAAACAUGCAUUUUCUAACUGUUUUAGUACAGUAUCUUUAUAAAUUUUACAAAUGCUGUCGAUAGCAGCAGAAACAUUUACAUAUUUUCUAAACUUAAUAUAUGACGCAAAUACAUUUUUUAACGCUCAUUUUUAAUUAAUAUAUGUAUCACUUAAACGCUAUAUAAGUGCACUAAUGCUAUGCGUAAAUAGUAAUUGAAGUUGUAAUUCUAAAAAUUGUAUAUAAUAUAUAAUGUAUAAAUAAUCAGAGAAUUAUUGAGUAUUACAUGUAUGUGACGCCAGCUAAAAAUCGAAUCAAACUUUUUGACUGAUCCAAUAAUUAUAUGUAUAAUAUUUUUACAUCAAAAUAAAAUAAUAUCUCAAAAUUAAAAGCGAAAUGGAUUUUUUUUGCCAUUAUUAAAUUAUCUCAUCAAGAGAGAAAAAAAUUGUGAAUAUAUUAACAUUACAAAAUAUGCAUUAUAUAAAAAGACGUAGAAUAUUUAAUGCGCUACUAGCGAUAACUGAUAAAAUAUACAUAUGUAUGUAUAUGUAUGUAUAUAUAUGUAUAUGUAUGUAUAUGUAUGUAUAUGUAUGUAUAUAUAUGUAUAUGUAUGUAUAUGUAUGUAUAUGUAUGUAUAUAUAUAUAUAUAUAUAUAUAUAUAUAUAUAUAUAUAUAUAUAUUUUACACUAUAAGUUAUAUGCUACAGCUCUGAAAUUUUGGUAUGUAGUCGCCUCAAUGGAAAACGUAUAUAUACGGCAGGGAAAUAACAAUUGUUACUAUAUAAGUAUUUACCAUGUAACAAUGGAUGCCUGCGUACUUACAUAGUAUAUUAGGUGCCUUCAUACAUUGAAAGAAAUAUCAUAUAAAUCUAUUAGAUUAAACACA